GAGGCCUGCACAACAGGUGCAUGACAGCCUGGUGGAGGCCUAGACUAGAACUGAGGAGCUCUGGCUCUACAACUUCCUCACUGGCACUUUCCCCGAGUGAGCCUCCAUUCCUCAUCUGUAAAAUGGGGCUAAUUACCUGCCCUGCCUAUCUUCUGACAGGGGUGUAAGUGAGUAACACAUGGGAAACAUACCUGGAAAGUAGCUCCAGUCUGGGGGCUGUCCUGUGCCAGCCACUGUGGAUCCCCCUCUCCAAAGCCUUGCUAGUAACAAUAGCGGUAAACACUUACUUCACACUUACAGCAGGCAUUGUUCUCAGUGCUUUUACAUGUGGUCACUCAUUUGGUCUUCAAAAUGUCCAGUGGACAUCUCCCUUUUUCAGAUGAGACAGGUGAGGCCCUGAGAAUUAAGUAAUUUAGCUCAAAGCCUCUUAGUAGUAAGAGGAAAAGCUGGAUUUGAACCCAGGCAGUCAGGUUCCAGACCUUGGGCUCUUAUAUGCUGUCCUCUGCUGCCCUUCUGAAGCUUUCUGUGGGCCUCUGUGCAUCCACUACACACACACACACCUUCCCAAUUUCCACAGAACUUAGCACCUGCACCAAUCCACUCCAGAAGACUAGUGUCUUCGACAGUGACUCAGGGAGUCCCAGCAUGGAGAGUGAGAACCUAAUAUCUGCUGCUGGGUGCUGGCCACGGGGACACAAAAUGUUGAUGAGCCAAGCAAAAGAAAGAUUGCCCUUGUCCCGUGGGUCAAAGCUGGCCAUGCGGGAGGUGGCAUUUGAGUUAGAUCUAACCAUUUUGGAGGAAUUUGCAGGAGAGGUUAGGGAAAGGUUGCAUUUGCAGCGGGGGCACCAGUAUAGGCAAAGGCACAGAGGCAUGGAACAUGUUGAGUUUGGAGAGCACACCAGGUGCUUGCAGGAAAACAAACAUAAGGCAUGGUUAGAAAGGAAGACUGCAGUUAUACCUUGAAUGCCUGGCUGAGAAAUGUGAGCUUUAUUUUAAAGUGAACAGGGACCAGUGAAGGUUUCCAAGCCCAGGAGUGAUACCACCUGAGACUUUGAUGGCGACAUUGACCCUUAGUGAGGUGAAAGGUAAGCCUGAAGGCAAGAGAACCCUGGAGCAUGUGAGUGUUAACAAGGACCUGAGCUAGUUUGGAGGCCAGAGGCGGGUUGAAGGAAAGGCUUCCAGAGCCAUCGCCAAGCUGGGCCACAGAUUCAGCCAGACAUGGUGACUGCUGGAUUUGGGGAGCAAAGGAAAGGGCCGUGCCUUUUCCACCUCUCUUGUAAUAAUAAUGGACCCUUAUUAUUUGAACCCCAAAGUACUUACCACAGGAGCCCUCACAUGGUGAUUUCUGUAAGCUCUGGCCAGCCACAGGGCCCUUCACAGCAGGACCUGGCAGUAUGGCAGAGUGAAAAACUGCCUGGAUUCACACAGGCCUGGAUUUGAAUUUUGACUCUGCUGCUCACAGCCGUGUGACCUUGAGCAAGUAUACGCCUCUGUGAGCCUCAGUUUCCUCAGCUUUAAAAUUGGGUAGCCAUUUUGAGGAAAUCAUUAAAUGAGGCACCGUAUGGAAGGGAAAGCAUGAAUGUCCCAGAAGUGGUGAAGUUAAAUUCAUCACUCCCAGCUCCUAGCCAGCUCAUUCUGGCAUUGAGGAUAGCUUCCUUUUUGAGGGUGGACAGACUCCAGGCAGACUAUGAAGAAGGUAGGUUCAUUCAUUUGUCAAAAAAAUUACAUACCAGAGACUGUUCUAAGCACUGGAGAAAGCAGUGAACAAGCGGAUGAGAAUCUCUCCCUCCCUUGGAGCUUACAUUGUAAAGGUAAAUUAACAAUGUAUUUUAUGAAAUGCCAAGGAGAAAAAUAAAGUAGGGGAGAGGGACAGGAAAUUCAGGGAGGUAGGGGGUGGCCAGGGAGGCCUCCAGGGGAAGAUAACUUUUGAAUCAAGGCUUAAAGGAGGUAGGGCAGCAAGGCAUGAGGCUGUCUGAGGACAUUCCCAGCAGGGAACAGCUAGAUGCGGAGUGUGUCUGGUAGUAGCGCUCAGAUCCCCUCCUCAGUCAUGCCUCUAAGAUCACACAGCCAGUCAAGAGUAGAAAAAACAGUAAAAAUAAAAACUAAAAACCACAGCCACCAAACUUACCAUGAAGCCUGAGUGCUGCCUGUUUUUCUUUACCACUUCCCCCCCAACAUUUCCAGGACUGAGGUCCAAGAUGAUAAUAAGAGCUAGCACUUUGUGAGAACUUCCUGUGUGCCAGGCACUCUGCCAGAUGCUGCCAGUUACUCACUCAUUUAACAUUCCCAAAACAGUCCUGUGAAGUUAGACCUCUUCAUUAUCCUCAUCUUAUAGAUUAGGUAACUGAGAUGCAGAAAAAUUACUAACUGGCUCUGGGUCAGAGAGCUAGUGUCUUUUCCACCUCCCUUGUAAUGAUAAUGGACCCUUAUAGGCCAUGGCCAGUGAUGGGACGGUUGCACUAAGAGAGCUGGAUCCAAAUCCUGACCUGGUUAGCAGUGAAACCAGGGGCAGAUCACCGUGCCAUCACAUUACUCUCUACCUGAAAGUGAGUAAUACAGAGGAUGUGAAGCCUCAGUUUCCUCACAUGUACAAUGGAUUGAUGACAGCCCGUGCCUCACUGUGGCCCUUUUGGGUUUUGAAAUGAGAUGAUGCAGAUAAAAUGCUUAGCAUUAUACUUAGGUCACAAUAAGUAUUUAAUAAAUGGCGACUGUACGUACCAUGAUGAUGAUUCUAGGUGAUCUCUAAGGGCCAGGCCAGCUGUGGCCUCGGUGGUUCCAAGAAGCCCUGAGAGGCCUCAUCCAAUUAUGUUGGCAGGCAGCACACAGCCACACCUCAGUAGGCACCAAGCCCGUAUGGCUGUGCAGGGGGGUCAGGCCUGGCCAAGGGAGUGAGUGGAGGCCUGGCAUCCAAGCUUUGUUUUGCUCACCUCGGUAGAGCUGCUGCUUCCUGGACGAAGGGGCCUGUUCUCUAAUUUUUUCCCCUUUAAUUUUCACAAAGGUAGUAGAUGGGCUAACAGGGGCCCUAGUGGGUGCUCUUGAAAGAAAAACACAACUUUUUCUAUACGCUCUACUCAAACACAAACACCAGAAAUGUUUACUUCUGACACCAAAUGUGUGGGUUUUUCCCACACCAGUUCAGUGAAACAAGGUGAGUGUCCUACAAUUCAAUUCAAUGCUGCUACUGUAUUCUCGGACAUAGUGUCAGAUCCAACAGGUUAAGCGCUCUGUCCCACAAACACUUCCCCUACUUCAGAUGCCAAGCACAAGCUUGGGACUUCUGACUGACCAGCUUCAAAUUGGGGUUUCCCAUGACCCCCUCCUUAGAUUCAGUAAUUUGCUAAAAUGGUGCAGAGAACUGAGGUAAACACGGUUACUGGUUUAUUAUAUAAUAAAGGAUAUGAUGAUACAGAUGAACAACCAAAUGAAGAGAUACAUAGGGUGAGGCCAGGAAUGGUCCCGAGUGCAGGAGCUUCUGUCACCACAAAGUUGGGGUGUGCUGUGUGGAUGUGUUUACCAACCUGAAGCUCUCUGAACUCCAAAGUUUAUGGAUUUUUAUGAAGGCUUCAUCAUGUAGGCAUGAUUGAUCAUUAACUCAAUUUGAGGUCCUCUCCCCUCCCCAAAGGUUAGGGUUGGGUAGGAGGGUUUCUAAGCACGGCUUGGUCUCUCUGGAGACCAGCCACCCUCCUGAAGCCAUCCAGGAGUCCACCCAGAAUCACCUCAUAGAACAAAAGAUGUUCCCAUCACCCAGAAAUUCUAAGGGCUUUAGGAGCUUGGUGUCAGGAACCAGGGUCAAAGACCAAAUCUUAGAACAUAAGAUGCUCCUAGCAUCCCUAUCACUUGGGAGCUUGUAAGAGUUUGGGGAGCUCUGUGUCAGGAAUGGGGAUGAGACCAAAUGUAUGUAUUUCUUAUUAUAUCACAAUAUCACAGCUGUAAAUAUGUCCAUCCUGAUGUGUCAAGGACUUUGAAGCCACACUUCCUGAAAUCAAACCCAAGCCCUGCUAUUAAGUGGUCAUAUAUCCUUGGGUGAGCAUAUAUCACCUGGUAUCUGUGGGCAUCAUCUGUCAAUUUAAAGUGGGAAAUCUAAAAAUAGAGAGCCAAUGAGGUAAGUAAGGCACUGACUCUUGGGGGUCCUGGUGGCUAUCAGGUGAGUGGGUAGGAGGUCUUGUUUGACCCAGGACUAAUGUGGGCCUGGCAUUCAGGGCUGUCAGAACUUUUGAAUAUCACCCCUCUUUACCACCUUCCUCCUCCAGGAGAGGAGUCAGAGCAGAGUUUAGGGAAAGUAAAAUGGACUGUAGAGGGAAGGUCUUUACAUCCAGAUAGUAUGAGUAAUGAUGGGAAAGAGCAUUUUGUGGGGUGGAGUGGUAAUUGUAUGAAACUCCUGAUGAGACCACUUUGGAGGACAUGAGAGACCCAGAGCAUCUGGAAGGAGAUCGCUCCCAAGCUUUGUGGAAGGUGGGCGAGAGGGGCCAGGAGUUCUGCUCAGGUCAGCAGGUCUAGUUGUGUGAACUGGGCGCACUUAUUACCAGCUCAUGUGACUUUGGCUAAGUUAUUGUAAGGCUCUGAAAUUCAGAUCUUCAACUGGAAAAAUGGGACCCCAAAGCCCUGGCUGUGCCCACAGGGGAAGUGGCUGUGAUGUGUUCUCUGUGCAGUGACCUGUGACUACCACAGCACACAUUUUGGGUUGCCUGCUAUUCCUUUUGGAUCAGCCUCCCAGCAGCAAGAGAAGGAAGAAGCUCUGCAGAAGGGACUUGCUGAGCCACCCCCGCUCUGCUUCAUGUUGACUGUGUUCUCAGGCUGGCACCAUGCCCCCCCCAGCAGAGGUGACGGACCCGUCCCAUGCCCCUGCCGUCCUGCGCCAGCUCAAUGAGCAGCGGCUCCGUGGCCUCUUCUGUGACGUCACCCUCAUAGCUGGAGACACCAAGUUCCCUGCUCACCGCAGCGUUCUAGCUGCAUCUAGUCCCUUCUUCAGAGAGGCCCUGCUUGCUUCAGCCCCACUGCCUCUCCCACCAGUUACUGGGGGCCUAGCCCCCAACCCUACUGCCACCACAGUAGCCUCCUCUUCCUCCUCCUCUUGUUCCUCUUCCUCCUCUUCCUCCUCCUCUCCCCCUCCAGCCUCACCCACAACUUCAUCCCCACCCCGGGUCCUGGAGCUACCAGGGGUCCCGGCAGCUGCCUUCUCUGAUGUCCUCAACUUCAUCUAUAGCGCCCGGCUUGCACUACCUGGUGGUGGAGGGGACGGGGCAGCUGUGGCUGAGAUUGGAGCUCUGGGGCGGCGUCUGGGCAUCUCUCGCCUGCAGGGCCUGGUGGAGGGAGGUGAUGCCUGGGUACCUCCUGGCCCAGUCCCCAUGGCCACCUCACAGCCUGAAGACGACAGCUUCGGGUCUGGGCCUGGGCCAGCCGGGGAGUGGGAGGGCGACAGGGCUGGGUCCCAGGCCUCUGACUCGCAGUCCCCCAUGCCUCGGCGGUCCCUCCCCUGUCCCCAAUGUGGGAAAAGCUUCAUCCACCCCAAACGGCUGCAGACCCAUGAGGCGCAGUGCCAACGGGGGGCCGGCACUCGGGGAUCUGCAGGGCUGGGAGCUGGGGGUUCCGGCCCCAGUGGUCCUGCAGGAGUGGAUGCCUCAGCCCUGCCCCCACCAGUGGGCUUCCGAGGCGGCCCUGAGCACGUGGUGAAGGUGGUGGGCGGCCAUGUGCUGUAUGUGUGCGCGGCCUGUGAGCGCUCCUACGUGACCCUGUCCAGCCUGAAGAGGCACAGCAAUGUACACUCAUGGCGGAGGAAGUACCCCUGCCGCUACUGUGAGAAGGUGUUUGCUCUGGCUGAGUACCGCACCAAGCACGAGGUGUGGCACACUGGGGAGCGCAGGUACCAGUGCAUCUUCUGCUGGGAGACUUUUGUCACCUACUAUAACCUGAAGACCCACCAACGAGCCUUCCAUGGCAUCAGCCCAGGUCUCCUAGCAAGUGAGAAGACCCCCAAUGGAGGCUACAAGCCCAAACUCAAUACCCUCAAGCUGUACCGCCUGCUCCCCAUGCGGGCAGCCAAGCGGCCCUACAAGACCUACAGUCAGGGAGCCCCUGAGGCCUCUCUUUCUCCAAGCCUCAACACACCGGCCCCUGCAGCAAUGCCAGCCAGCCCAGCACCCGGACCCCCAUCUGCCCCACAGCCUGGCCCCCCACCCUCUGUCAUCACUUUUGCCCACCCAGCUCCCUCUGUCAUUGUUCACGGAGGUGGUAGCAGUGGUGGAGCCGGGGGUGGACCAGCCAGCACAGGGGGGGCCCAAGCCGCCUCAGUCAUCACUUACACUGCUCCUCCAAGACCCCCCAAAAAGCGUGAGUACCCACCCCCUCCCCCCGAGCCUGCAGCCACACCAACUAGCCCAGCCACAGCGGGCAGCCCAGCAACAGCCGCAGGGCCCGGCAUGGCCACAGAAGAGGCCAAGGGCAGGACCCCACGGGCCGGAAGGACUCUGACCUACACGGCCAAGCCUGCUGGGGGCAUUGGCGGGGGCGGGGGCCCCCCUGCAGGGCCUGGCCGGGGCCCCUCUCAGUUACAGGCCCCACCGCCACUGUGUCAGAUCACUGUGCGAAUUGGGGAAGAGGCCAUCGUCAAGCGCCGCAUCUCAGAAACUGACCUGCGUCCUGGGGAGCUGAGCGGAGAGGAGGUGGAGGAGAGUGAGGAGGAUGAAGAGGAGGAUGAGGAGGACGAGGAGGACGAGGAGGAAUCGAAGGCUGGGGGCGAGGACCAGCUCUGGAGGCCAUACUACUCAUACAAGCCCAAGCGCAAGGCUGGAGCGGCAGGCGCGGGCAGCAGUGGCGGCAACGGGAUGCCCAGAAGCCGCCGGCCGCCUCGCUGGAGACAGAAGCUGGAGCGGAGGAGCUGGGAGGAGACCCCAGGGGCUGAGGGCCCCGCAGGACGUGCCCGCAGCGAGCGGAGGCACCGCUGUGGGGACUGUGCCCAGACAUUUGCCACCCCGAGGAAGCUGCGCAAGCACCAGGAGGCCCACGGUGGGGGCUCCCAUAGCUCCCGGGCUGGGCGUAGGCCUACCACCCGUUUCUCCUGCCCUCACUGUGCCAAGGUGUGCAAGACGGCAGCUGCCCUGAGCCGCCACGGGCAGAGGCAUGCUGCCGAGCGGCCCGGGGGCACCCCCACACCUGUCAUUGCCUACUCCAAGGGCUGUGCUGGCACCAGACCUGGGGAUGUCAAGGAGGAGGCCCCCCAGGAAAUGCAAGUCUCCUCAUCCAGUGGGGAGGCAGGUGGUGGGAGCGCUGCUGCUGAUGAAGCUUCUGGGACUGCCUCACUCCAGGACCCUGUAAUCUCGGGGGGUGAGGAACCCCCUGCGGUGGCAGGAGGGGGCACCUAUGCAUACCCGCCUGUGCAGGAAUUUCCACUGGCUCUGAUCGGGGGCAACCGGGAACCUGGCGGGGGCAGGGGAAAACCUGGGAGUGAGGGGCCAGUGGGAGCUGGGGAGGGGGACCGGAUGGAGGGGUUGGGGGCUGCCAAAGUCACCUUCUACCCUGAGCCCUACCCGCUAGUCUACGGCCCCCAGCUCCUUGCUGCCUACCCUUACAACUUCAGCAACUUGGCUGCUCUCCCGGUUGCUCUUAACAUGGUCCUACCUGAUGAGAAGAGUGGGGGGGCCCUUCCCUUCCUACCAGGGGUCUUUGGCUAUGCAGUCAAUCCUCAAGCAGCACCACCUACUCCCCCAACUCCACCCCCUCCAGCUCUUCCUCCAGUACCACCUAAGGGAGAAGGGGAAAGGGCAGGGGUUGAGAGAACCCAGAAGGGAGAUGUGGGGUGAGUUCUGGACCCCAAUCCCCCCUUUCACCAGAUGCCAUCUUCCCUGAAUCCCCUGCCACUACUAGCUCCCUGGCCUCCCUGCCCCUUGGGAGCCCCUCCACACUGUUGUGCAGGGACUCAGGGGCCCCUGGAGCUCAGGGGUCAGGCUGCUUUGUGUGAGAUUGUAGUUUUCCCAUCUCCUGGGAAGGGAUCUUCGGUAGUUCUCCUCAGUUUUCCUCCAGGGAAUGGUCUCCGUCAGGGGCAGGGCCAGCUCCCAUCCCUUUUCCAGCCCUUGGGGCAACUGAGCAAUAUACAUAAAUGAAUCUCUACUCAUGGCCCCCACCAGCUCUGAAUGUCUAACCUACCCCCCUGAUUUGUAAACCUAGGGGGAAACCAUCACUCUCACCUAAUGCUCCCCCCUCAUUCUGAGGCUUCCUCUAAGCCCUUGCCCAGAUGCUUCCUAGCACAUUCCAUUCUUUGUGGCCCAGGGCCUGGACCAGACCAUUGUGAAACCUGACAACCACCCACCUGGGAGCAUGGGUUUGGAUUCUAUUCUUCCCAAGGGUGGGUUUCUGUGUCCAUUUCUUUCAUGUAAAGAUGCCACGCCUUCCUUGGCUUCCAUGCCAUUGGAUCUUCCAUAUUCCUCCUUGUACUCCUAGACUCUGGAGAUGGCCUCUCCCAAUCCAGGUCAGGGAGAUGUUGGAGGGAGGGCUACCUGUCUGUUCCAUGGCUGAGCACUUUCCCAGCCCAGGGUGGCACCAAUCUUAGCCCUAUCUUGACCCCCAAAUCCAGUGAGCCCCAGAUUCUUCCAAGGUGAAAGAGGUGAGUAGAUCACACCUCUUCCUGCCUCUACAGAUGGCCUCUUCUGGGCUAAACCAGAUUUGGGGCCAGUAGGGAGUUAGCUCCACAUGGGAUGGGGAAGGAAAUCUACUUUCUCCCUGUUUUCCUGAUGGUUUCUCCCAGACUAGACCAAAUAGCCAGAAAAAUUAUGGGAGUUGGAUGGGUCGGUAAGCCCGAAAUUUGCACAUGACCUCCCAACCUUACCUGUACCCUCAUCUUCCCCAGUGUUGCUUCCCUCACCAAUCACUCCAGGUGGUUUUUGGGGAACCAUCCUACUCCUGUGGUGGGCUUUGGGGUAUUCCCACCAACUUUCUCUCCAGAAUAGCACCUUACACCCCAUCUUCGUCUCAGUUCCCCACACCCAAAGAUCCCAGCCUAGGGAUGGGUUGCAGGGACCUCAAAUAGUCCCUAAUCCCUAAUUUGCACUAGUUAACCCUGGUCAGGGGUCCCUAUGUUUCCUUCCAGUGGGGGAGUUGAAGAAAUGUUUGCUCCUAAUGCUCUUUGAUAACUGGGCCUCCCCAUUCUGUGAUUAGAUAAACAUUUCCCAUCCCAGCCAUCCUCCCUGCAAAAAAAAAAAAAAAAACAGCCCACAAAGGGAGAGCCAGUUUUGGGGAGCAAAUAUGACACAUGGGAAUUAGAGGAGUGCAGUUUAAAAAGGGGAAAAGUUGCUGUCAUCAAAUGGCAGGCUUUUUUCCAGCUACUGUUUUCUAGGGCCAAGAUGGCUGCCCUCUUAACAGCUGUUGAAAGGGCAAGAUCAUGGCUUUUGGAGGGGGGGUGAGUUGGAGGGGAGGGACAGGAGCAUCCUCUGCCCAUCUCACCCUCUAGCAGAGUAAGGUGGAGAUUUUUGACAGGCUCCCUGAAUGUUAACCACGGAGGAGUGUGGCUCCUUCACUCCUCCUCUGUCUCUUUGCACUUUUCUUGGUCUUGGCCACAGUCCGAGUGAAGAGUUUCCUACUGAAUGUACCAAGUUCCAAUUUUUAAGGGGGAAAAAAUUUAAAACAGGGAAAAAUGCAAAAAAACAAAAAAAGUCACUAAAAAAAUUCCCACAAAUCUUAUUUCUGGCACUUUAGAAAAAAUGCAGAAAAAAGUACAUAAUAAAGAAUGCA